AUGGAAACUAUUACCGACGCCGAUGCAACUCAUAUUUGUGAAACAUCGACUUGGUUGAAGGAAGCGAUCACUGUUAUUGGUGGUAAUGGUACUGGUUCCGAACUGAAUCAACUUGCCGAGCCAAAUGGUUUGUUUGUGAAUAGUCAAAGUUCUGUUUAUGUAGUUGAUUCUCUCAACAACCGUAUUAUUAAGUGGGAUGAAAAGGGUGGUCAAAGUUUUAUAGUGACCGGUAGCAAUGGAAAAGGAAGGCUGAACAAUCAGUUAGAUUGUCCAACAGCAAUAUACGUCGAUGCGAAAGAAAAUAUUUAUAUAGCGGGUAGUGCAAAUGAGCGCGUUCAAAAACGGUCAAAGAAUAGCACAUACGCAGACACAAUAAUUGAACAACUAGGCCAUGGUAAUUGCUCAGGUCUUUACGUCGAUAGAAAUUGUGCCGUAUAUGUUUCGGAACUGUCGAAACACUAG